GGCAACCGCUGUUCGUAGUUAGCGCAGUCACCAAAACAAAAUGGCUUACAAGAUGGUCGAAAGUAAGGGGUGUCGGAGGUGUUGGCAAAAAUGACGUGUUUAUUUUAUCCUUUUGGAUAAGCUCUUUGCAUUCAAGGAAUUAUUGCCUGUCUCUUUUGAUUAUACUUCGAAGAAGAUGAAGAUUAUAGAAGAUUAUAACUUGAUGCCUAAACUAUGAGACAUCUACUAGUAUCCAGCAUUUUCGACUACACUCUUUGGCCGAAGUUGUAAAUGGCAAAUGACAUUGGACGGGCUACUCUACCCGAAGAGUUAUGGCUGAACAUUUUUAAGUUUUUCCACCCAAUUUACGACGAUAUUUUCACCAUCUCUCGAGUUUGCAAGCAAUGGAGAGCCAUCAUCAUCAAACAGCCCGACCCGUCUUUGUGGGAGACAAUUGAAUUAACAAAUACGAGAAACUGUUAUCUAGAUUCGCCUUUUCUUAACCGAUUCAACUUUAUCUUAAAGAAGUUUGGUCGUUGYRUAAAAGUCCUAAAGCUACGUCGUUGUCACAGCUACUUCACUGAUGUGUUACAAACGUACUCAAMAUCACUUCGUUCUCUUCAAUUGCUUGAAAUAACUGGUAUGUCGUGGARUAAGAGAAUUCUCCAAGAGCUUCCCUGCUCUAAAUCUCUAAAGUACAUCAAAGUUGAAGCCGCAAAUGAAGACCGUUUUGGAAGUUUUAAUGAAGAAGAUCUUGUCAUUCUGGUAGAGAAUUUCCCAAACCUUGAUGAGAUAUGUUUACAAUAUUCUGUAGUAAACAGCCAUUUGAUAAGUCAAAUUCAAGAUAUUGCGGCCUCAAAGUACAACUGGAGAAUAACCGAGUUGCAGAUAGAAAGAGCAAAGUUGGAGGCUUUAGACCUUGCUGACAUUGUACAGAAUCUGUCAGYAUUAAGACAUUUUUCUUACGGCAAUGACCAAACACAUGGACUUCCAUCRAUACAAGAAUUAUAUCUAAUGUCAAAGUCAAUGAGAGAAUUGGAUUUGUUCCAAAUAGGAGACUUUGCAGAGUUUUGCUUAAAUUUGCCACAUUUACAAAGACUUACUAUAAGCUAUGCUACUUCAUUAAAAAAGCUCAGUGUCUAUGCUCCRUCACUAAGAGUAUUGCAGUUGAAUCACUGUCCAGAGCUUAGAAAAAUAAGCAAGAUAUCAUCCAACUCUCUGAAGGAUUUGACAGUCAGGAAAUGCUCACAGCUCAGCUGGUCUGAACUGAUACGAUUCCUUGUACGAAAUUCAGAUAUCAAAAUGUUAAAGAUAGAAAUCGAUGUAGUGAAUUUACGACUUGAUCAAAACUCUAACCCAUCCCUUGAAAGGUUAGAAGUCUUAGACAGUGGAAAUAUCCUGACUUGUCUAGACAUUCGUUGCCCAAAACUCAAAGUUUUAACAUUCAAGAAAUCACUGAUGCAGUCUUCCAUGUUGAAGAUGGUAUCUGUCAGAGCAGAUGAAAUGRAUGAGCUGGUAAUCAAGGAUGUACCACACUUUCGAAAAGCGAUUCUGAAURUAAAAACAAUCAAAAACYUAGAGUUGGAUUUUGACAGGAGGUUUCACCAAGUUAAACCACUUCACUUCACAACAAUCARUUGUCAAGAAGGCACUUUCAUUCAGAAGCUAGUACUGAAWAAAUCCAACCUUCGGUCCAUCACAACAAGUCRUUGUAAUGUAACAGAGGCUGUUCUUGACUCUUGUAAUCUUGACAUAAACUUGAACACGGUUCUUGAGCGUUUUUGUGGCAUUGAGGCUCUGACUCUUCAGAACUCUUAUGGACCUUGCCGUAUCAUGGUGCAAAAUGACACCCUUAAGAGACUGAGAGUGUGUUCUUGCUCUUCUGUCCUWAUGGAUCAUAUUGACAUCCUAUGUCCAUAUUUGGAAAGGCUUGACAUUCAUGGAUCUAUAAUCUUACCAUCUAAAAAGGAGCUUGCAAUAAUAGCUAAUGAACUGAAGAAAGUUUGYCCACAACUUGUUGAUGUGAACUUUUCCCAUUAGGAUUGGYAUGUUUUUAGGAUUUGCUGCUUUUUGAGUCAGAUGACCAUGGUCCACCAACCAGGAGAAAGAUGUGYCAUAUGACUUCCAUAUAUGGUUGUGCAUUUACAUAACACUGAAGUACACAUACAAGUCUCUUAUGUCCCUUUCAUGUGAAAGAGAAACUUAUAAAAUUUUCAAAGACUUAAUUAAAAUAAAGUACACACUUAAAUUUAAGUACACACAUUAAGAUUUGAACUAGUGCUAUGCAUUGCCAAACCCUAUUGGAAAGUCAUCCAUAUAUGGAAGUAGCAUGACUCUAUACUCCAGUUUCGAAUUCAAAGCGAAUAACCGCUGUUUUACUUGACAGCAGAUUCUAUUUACGCAAAGAAC